GUCGAAUUUGUUCAAACUGGGCAAACUCCAAAAAGUGUUCAUCCCCCGGGACUCUGGGGAACAAUUUUUGCUCUUUGAUUCAACCUCACUUGACGGUUGUGUUCGUGUACGCUCCCGUACCCUGUUUUUCUUUGUCUUCUCGCCAGCUCCCCCUCAUUCCUACAUCAUCCCCUUCUUCAGUUGAGGUAGCUGCGGCUUGAGCUAGCGAAGCUCCAUGGCGGCUCCCGAUCAGAUCCCUGGGCAGGAAUUCGACUAUGAAGCCCUUCCUUCCAACUAUGGCCUUGGCCGGAACAUGUUAGCGGGUGCUUUCGCAGGGAUAGCAGAACACUCGGUUAUGUACCCCGUGGACUUGCUCAAGACUCGCAUGCAAAUUCUGAACCCUUCAACUGGUGGUCUCUAUACGGGAUUGACCAAUGCCGUUUCCACAAUCUACCGGAUCGAGGGCUGGCGGACGCUAUGGAAGGGUGUUUCGAGCGUGAUUGUCGGCGCAGGUCCGGCACACGCGGUUUACUUCGGUACAUACGAGAUUGUGAAGGAAAUGGCCGGUGGUAACGUCGACGAUGGACACCACCCCUUGGCUGCCGCUAUGAGCGGUGCCUCCGCCACAAUUGCCAGCGAUGCCCUGAUGAAUCCCUUCGAUGUCAUGAAGCAACGUAUGCAGGUCCACGGUUCCGUUCAUAAGAGCCUUGCGCAGUGCGCCAAGACGCUCUAUCGCACCGAAGGUCUCCAGGCCUUCUACGUCUCCUACCCUACCACACUAUGCAUGACCGUGCCUUUCACAGCCACUCAAUUCGUCGCCUACGAGUCAAUCUCGAAGGUCAUGAACCCCAAGCAAGAUUACGACCCCUUCACCCACUGUAUCGCAGGUGGUCUGGCCGGUGCGUUUGCCGCCGGUAUCACCACGCCUCUUGAUGUUGUUAAGACGCUUCUCCAGACACGUGGCCUGGCAGAAAGUGAGGAAGUGAGGUCUGCACGGGGUCUGUUCAACGCUGCUGCGAUCAUCAAGCGCCAGUUUGGCUGGUCUGGAUUCCUGCGCGGCAUGCGCCCUCGCAUUAUUUCCACUAUGCCGAGCACUGCGAUUUGCUGGACAUCUUAUGAGAUGGCCAAGGCAUACUUCAAGGAACUACGCGAUUAAACCCUCAUUCUCUCGCAUACCGCUGGGCACCAUUGGGCCCUUCCACUCCGAUAUACCAUGUGUGGGCACAUAAUCUUCAAUCUUCUGAGGCGAUGUCAUACAAUUUGGGAGGAACAUCUGCAUGUGGACUUUUUAUGAAAAGCGUUGGCAAUGUAUAGUUUGGACCAAAAACGGGGAGACUCUUUCUUUCAAUUUACGGCGUUGGAAUGAGGGCUGGGUUCCCUAGUGUUUUAUUAUGCCAUAGAUGGGAAUCUAGAGAUAUUUUUUUUAAUGUUAUAUAAAAAUGG